AUGGCCACCAGCAACCUCUCCAUAAUGUCAAAUUUUCAAGCAAGCACCCCUGUGGACAAUGAAGUUAACAUUGAUUUAGAUUUUUAUCAUACACUCUUCAUUUAUAUGAGACUGCUUAAAUUUGACAACAAAACCAUGUCGGAAAAACAUAAGAUGAAGUUUGACAAAGAUCUUUUCAAGGUUCCGAAUCAAAGAGCCUUUCAAUUGGUAGUACAUUUUCUUUUCACUAAACUUGAUGGGCCAAGAUCAUUGGAAAUUUUCAGAGAUGUAUGGCCCAUCAUUGAAAGAAAACAAGAAGCAGAAUUUAGGAAGAAAGUAAGGUCGUGGUUAGUUGAAGUGCAGGAGACUGACAAGGAUGCCUUCCAGUUCGAUGGUCACAUCAAUCCUUCAAUGUUCCUUUCUCCAGGGGGAGAAAAGUUUGCACAACUAAUGUGUGCUUUAGCCUCACAUGUUCUUGGCAAAAUCCCACUGAGAAAUCCUCCUCUAGAACCAUCACCUGUUUCCAGCACAAACUCCUUCGUCACAUUCCUGAAACUGCAAGUACUCAAAGGACAUUUACAUUCUGAAUUUGAAGCCAAGACCAAAAUGACCAAUAGUUUUCAAGAACAAUAUCUACAGUAUAAAAUGCUUGCAAGAGAACUCCAAUCAGAGUAUAGAGAACUAUGUUCAGAAGAGGUAGCUGCUAAAAAGGAUCUCUGCUCAACAGUUGCAAAGUCAUCUAUGGCCAAAUCUAAGAAACAGGCAUUCCUUGAUCUCGAAAACGAAGAAAUCUGUCUUGAAUUGGAAUCUGAAAUAGAAGAAAAAAAGGAAAAACUUAAUACGCUAAUGAAGGAAUUGUUAACUUGCGAGAAAACAUUCCAAGAAUCAUGGGACGUUAUCAAAGGUGUCAUUGACAUGAAGAAAGGGCGGCAGGCAUGCAUUAAUGGAGGAAAAUUAAUCAAUGCGUUUCCUGCUGAUUACAUCGAACAAUACCAAACCAUCCAUAGUGGAAGCGGUUUAGAGCUGCAAAAGAAAGGAGGGUGCUACGAUUUCGUACCUUUGAUGAAUUUAGUUCUGUUUUCCGUCACAGCAGCGAAGAAGAUCUCGAACAAUUUUAAUUUUCCAUCCCUAGAAGAUGAACUUGGCAAGUUGGGUCAUUUUCAACUAUCAAUUGGAUCCCAAACGGAAGUCGCCAACCAGUUGCAUACCCGCUGGAGCAAAACUUUCAACGAGCAGACGGAAGCGAUCGACACGAUGCUUAGCUCCAAAUUUCAGGGCAACAUGCCCAUGGCACUGCAGUCGGUCACACCCUUCCGCAACGUUCUGAUUCCCGAUAAGAAUAGCGCCGAGGCCACUACUCCAGCCGCUCUACGAGAAGCUCUAGGGAUGACGCCUGUCGAAAUGGGCGCCAAAGCGAAAAUGCGACUUAAUCAGCUGAAUUCCGGGAGACCUAGUCUAGAUCUGCUGACUCGGCGUUCUGUCCGAGAUGGUCGUGGUGGUCGACGCAUUAGUGGUCAACAGAAUGGCAAUGGCGCGGUGGGUCGGGUGGCUUAUGAGAAACCUGAACUACGAAUGAUGGAUAAACGUCGGAGCCAAGAAAUGAGUAAUUCCGGGCUUGAACUGUGUCGAAAGCGGUCGUUGACGCCGGAGCCGAGCAGGAACUCUACACUAAAUAGGACUCCUAUAGGGACAAUGUUUUUGCCGACCCACAAUAGAGUAAGUCGUCCUAGUAGCUUGGCUGCAAGCCCAGUUACCCUCGCUCCAGGAUCCCACUCGCAGAAGCAGCAAAAACUGCGAUUGUCACUGCCACAGGUUGCCCAAAAGUUGGAGGCGGAGGCACUAUUGACACCCCGGAUGACCAGCAGCAGCGGGGUUUGGGACCAGGCAGCUGAAAACAUAGUAUUCGAUUUGGUCCGUUUUGACAGCCCAGUCGCUCCUGCACAUGGAUUCAUAGACCCCAACAGUUCCUUUGAAAAGGGCGCCUUCAUCAGCCGGAAUUUGAUUCAGUACUCACCUGAAAGGACGGAGGAGGAGUUUAAAUCGUCAAGUAACCUGGAUUUGUUGAAAGUAUUAGAGACCAAAUUCGUAUCACCUCGACGCAGUUCGCUGGUAAGCCGGCCCGGAUCACGAAACAAUUCGCCACUUCCACAGGACUGGAUGGAUUCUGCUGGAAAUGUAUUUGACUUCGAGAAGGGAUUGCUGGAUACCAGCAGCGUAUCUUUAAUUGACGACAUCCUAGAUUUUUCGCAGGGGCUCUAGUAAAUGAUCGUUAAUUUUAUGCUUUGUGUAUUGUUAUAGCAGCAUUUCUUUUCUUUGCCUUGAUCCACUUGAAGACUCAAUAAGAGUCUAAUAGACGGAAACAAAUAAUAAGAAAAAUGUCUGCCAUUGUGGCCAUUAACAACUGAAACAAACUUAGUCGCAUACACACAUUCGCUUUGUAACAAGAAUAAAAAGAGUGACUUGUAUCAGCAAAAGAAAACAUUUGCCG